GCUGAGAUGCGCACGCAAAACUGGCCGAUCAAAUUAUCUGGAUACCAAGAACCCAGACCGUUUAUUACUGGUGAUGUUUAUUCUUUUAAAGAUAGCUUUGGUGGAAUCCUGGAAAGUUACUGGCUGUCGUCCAAUGCAACGGCCAUUAAAAUUAAUGCCUCUGUCCCUUUCCACCUUGGUUGGAAUAGCACAGAGAAGGUUUUCUUUUUUGAAGCAAGGUAUACCGAUUCCCCUUACAAACCUCUUCCAGGUAAACCACCAUUCCCUGAACUCAGCUACCGAGUGUGCGUGGGGUCAGACGUGACUUCCAUCCACAAGUACAUGGUGAGAAGGUACUUCAAUAAGCCCAGCCGGAUACCUUCAGAAAGUGCCUUCAAGUUUCCGAUAUGGUCAACAUGGGCAUUGUAUAAAACCCACAUCAAUCAGGAGAAGCUGCUUAACUUCACCGAGAGCAUAAAGAAAUACAACUUUAAUUAUAGCCACAUAGAGAUAGACGAUAUGUACACCAAGUAUUAUGGUGAUUUCGACUUUGAUCCGGUGAAAUUUCCGAAUGCAACGGCUAUGUUCAAAAAGUUAAAGGAAGAUGGGUUCAAAGUGACCCUUUGGAUUCACCCUUUCAUCAACUAUAACUCCCCCAAUUUUGGAGUUGCUAUAGAGAAGGGGCUGUUUGUGAAGGAGCCUACAGGUCAGUUGCCCGCCAUGGUUCAGUGGUGGAAUGGGAUUGGUGCUAUUCUUGAUUUCACAAACCCCAGCACAAAGGAAUGGUUUCAGAAUAACCUCAGACAGCUGAGAACAAAGUAUGGAAUAUCAUCGUUCAAGUUUGAUGCUGGGGAAACCAGCUAUCUUCCGAAACAGUUCAGCACCUUUCAACCUUUGGCAGAUCCCAACAUGUACAGUAGGCGGUACACGGAGAUGGCUGACCAGUUUUAUGACCUUGCUGAGCUUAGAGUUGGUUAUCAGUCUCAAAACAUAUCGUGUUUCUUCAGGAUCAUUGACCGAGAUUCAGAUUGGGGGUACGAGCUUGGGUUAAAGUCUCUCAUACCUACUGUCCUUACCAUCAGCAUGCUUGGAUAUCCUUUCAUCCUUCCGGAUAUGAUUGGUGGGAAUGCCUACAGCAAUUUUACAAAGGAUAUGAAGGAGCUUUAUAUC